AUGCCGCGGCUGGCGCUGGGCAAGAGCUGCCAUUCCACGCUGGCUGGGCGGGAGGCGGCGGCGAUGCUCGUGACUUCCCGCGAGGCCGAGUGUGGGAGCGGGGCGCGGACUGAAGGGUCGGCGCGGAUCCUGGAGGCGGGGUCGGGGGGUGCCCCGGGCGCCCUCGCGCUCAUGGGCCAGCGCCAGCGGUCCCUGCCCUCCAGCGCGCGCCAGCGCCGCCGCUCCAUCUCCUCCGUGACAGACGCAAGCGAGCCCGGGUCGCUGGCCGCAGAGCUGUCUUACCGGGAGGAAAGGAAGGCGCGGCCGCUGUACGCCUCGCCCGCGCUGCACGCCCAGGUGCUGGCCUUGGUGCUGCGCCUGCUGGUCUCGCCCGCGGGGCGGAUGGACCGCGGGGCGUCGGACCCCUUCCCCUGCGAGCGCGGCCUGCCCAACGCGCCGCACGUGCUGCGCCACCACCUGGCGCACCCGGGCAACGCGGGCGUGCUGGCGGACCUGGCGGCGCGCUGCGCGGGCAUGGGCCCGGCCACGCUGCGCCUGCUGCGCCUGGUCUCCGGCGCGGGCUUCCGCCCCGCCUGGUACGCGCGCCGCGCGCGCAUGAGCGGCGCGGCGGGGGCCUACGCCACCGUCCUGGAUGCAGCACGCGGCGUGCAGGACCGCUGCUCCUCCGUGGACGUGCACGCCGAGGUGGGGGUGAUGCAGGCACUGACGGACAGCCGCCGCGCCGCGCGCCUGCACGACUACGGCUUUGACCCGGGGGAGGAGGCCUACGUCCUGGUCCUCCAGGAAUACGCCUGCUCGCUCAGGCAGUGGCGGCUGGCACAGGCCGAGGGGGGGCCCAGGCAGGCAGGCACCUACCUCCGCAUCUUCCGGGAGAUUCUUCGUGCAGUGCAGGCAAGUCUGGGAGCGGGGCGCCUGUGCAUGGGAGAACUGGCCGAUCGAGGGAUCGCCCACUUUGAUCUGAAGUGCGACAACGUCCUGCUGCAGCCACGCGACCCGCCGUCCUCCCAAGGACCAAGGGGCACGCCUGGCAGCAUGCAAGACGCCCUACCCUUUGAGGUGGUCCUCGCCGACUUUGGGGAGAGCAUCCAGUUUGACAGCCGGGCCAAGGCUGGGGCGCCCAGCCUCGCUGCUGCAUCGGGCAACGCUGGCGCAGACCCCGGCCAGCAGCUCGGAGCCACGGCGGCGAUCACCAACCGCGUGCGGGGCACCGACGUCUUCAAGUCGCCGGAGAUGCUGCUGCUGGGCGGCGCCCACGACCGCAUGGACGGCGACCGGCGGCGGAGGAGGGGAGUGGGGCCCGCCUCAGACGUCUGGUCGCUGGGCUGCCUCCUGUUCGAGCUGGUCACCGGCCAGCACCUCGUCACCGACCCGGACUGGGCCACGCUCGUGGCGCGGGUCGCCGCCGGGCGCCUGCCCCUCUUCACCCCAGACCGUCUGAGGCUGAUCCAGGACUGCCCUGCCAUCCUGGACCUCAUCCGAUUCAUGCUGGUGAGGGAGGCACAGCUCCGGCCCACCCUCAGGGAUGUCUCCCUGCGGUGA